GUCAGUUUGAAAUUCAACGAAUUUCUGUCGACUUUUAAUAAAGUUACUUCCUGAAGCAAACGAACGGUUUUAUUAAAAAAUGGAUAUUAAUCCUUUGACCCCUAAUAAAAUACAAAGACUUAUACAUUUAGCCGAGGACAGGUCGUUCAACUUCCCUCGACGUUUGUUACUAAACGAUGAAGAUUUGAGCAGAUUGGCAUCUCAUCCUGCAGCUCAAGACAAGUCUGGAGCAAACACAAACACAUCGUCAGGCAUUAUAGACCUGGAGAGAGUUGAAGGAUUUGGAGACUCUCUUGGCAAUUUAUCUCUCAGCAAAUCUACCGCUUUCAAUCCCGGCGAGAUGACAGGCCGAUCGACUGGAGCACAGGAGAUGGAAACUAAACUAAUGAGCACCACCCAGACUUUGGACCAGCAGUACGGCCGCCACUCAAUAGCCCUCGACAGCAUCACCAAUGAAAUGGACAGGCAAACCACUGAAGUUCACGAUAUACUCAGACAUUCCAUUGCUACUGAUUUUUCUUUUCAUUCAAAGAGAGAUCUUACGGCGGACGAGUCAUCUUUUAUCAAAAGAGAAGCAGUUCUACCAGUCCCUACUAACCAGAGAACAAACAUCACAGAAAGCAUGGUCAGCAAUAACACCUCAAUGGGAGCCUAUUUUCAAAAUAGAUGUCCCGAUUUCGGGAAAAUUCUUGGAAAGACCGAUAGUCCCGACAGAUCCUAUGCACCCAGUAUUAGUGAAGUAUCAGCUAGUUAUCAGAUGGAUCCAGUUGGGCAUUCAACACAUUACAAAAUGGAUCACACCUUAGAUAGCGUUCCCGUUAAGCAGCCGCGCAUUCCAGAUAAUGUACCAGAAAAAAGUAUUGUCAACAAUUUGAACAACACAAAAACAUUGGAGAAAAAAAACAAUUUAGAUCAUAAGAAGGAUAUUCAGAAUGUUUUCAGUGGAAAUCUGGAAAAACAAGAUAAUACGAAGGUGAACAAAUUACUGGAGAAGCCGAUGUUGCCAUUGUCAUACAACACCAUGAAUCACAAGUCAAUGAUCAACAUGGCGACUGCAACGCCAUCUGACAUUUUGAUCAGGAAUCUGGAACAUUCAAUGAGGCUUGUGCAGGAAGAUACAGAUGGUGACGAGCCUUCUCUGAGCAUUUCCAAGAUUCAGGACUUUUUGGGCAGACAAUCCAGCACUAACGUUAGGGUAUCAGAUAUGUUGAAAUUAAACAAAAAGAAAACACAGCCGCUCACAGAAUUACAGAACAUACAGGAAUGCAAGCCAAACAACGAAGUACAUGUAACCCUUUUGAAGGAUACGAAAAGCCUGGCCACAGCCAGUACAGCGGGUAGCAUCAACACCGUGAUAUCAGUUGACAAGAAAACUAAUAUAAAUGAAGAAGUGCCAGCCGUAUUUGUUACUGCGGAUACUUUGAGUUUUAACGAAUUGAAGAAUGCUCUAGAAGAAGAUGUUAAAGAGAAACUUACGUCUGUGAGAUCUAGGUCUCCAUCCACUCAGUCAACUUUGACUACAGUUCAGGAUAACUACUCGAGUUUCAAGGCUAGCAAUAGCCCUUUACAUACCAGUAGAGGCGACGCACAUAUCCCCUCCCCAAAUAGCGAGUAUAAAGAAUUAGAUAAAUCAGUUAAUUGGCACGAGCUGUUGCGCCAUAGGCAUUUGAGGCAGUCGCUCGCGAAAGAGCAAUGGGCUGAUAUUACUGCCACAGUAGCUAACGGAUACGUGGGUGUAAGCUGCCCUGUCACCGUAACAACGACAAUACUGACAGAAACCUGGUUGACUGCCAAGUUUCAAUUUGACGAGCUCCCUGAUGAUGGCAAAAAUCUCACUAUAGAAUUACCCCGAUUCCCCAUUCUCCUGGCUCCGGGGAAGGAUGAACGAUUCACCCUACACAUCACUUCUAACGUCGAAAUGAGCACUUCACUACCUUUCACUAUGUUCCUGAAAGAUGCAUCUAUAGAUUUAGAUGUAAUACAGAAGGGUAGUGUUGCUAUCGAUAUAAAAAUGCCCGUGAUACAAGCCAUGUCGAGUGAUGGAGUCAAUAAAGUAACGUUCCCGCCGAUUCAAGAAAAGACGGUGCUCACGAAAGCAUUUGUACUUUUGAGUGACUGUGAAGUCGAUUUGCAGUUAGACCUAUCUGUGGUAGAAGGAGACAGUUUGUUUGCUAUUAAAAAUGUACAGGAGAUAAAGAAGUGUGAUGUGAAUAAAGUGCUGAUGGACCGUCAAGGAUCUACAGAAGAGGCUCAGGGGAAAGGGAAGGGCAAGAUCCUUAAUAAGCAGCUAUGUAGACUUUCUAGCGGGAAUGCUAUUAGAGUCACCAUAACGUUCAAAGCGCCCAAGUUAUCCGAUAUACAAAUACCUGAUGCAAUGGCAUCUUUCAACGGAGCCUUGAACGUAAACCUUUAUGGGUUGAAUACGACCCUGAGGAAGGUGGAUCUUAUAGCUAGCGUUGGGUCGGUCAAUCUGGUGGUGCAAACUGGAGUUACGCCAGAGACCAAGUUAGAACUGACUCAUGAACCGACUAAAAUAACUCUAACUAACACGGGCACAAUCCCAGGCAUGUGGUUCGUUAAAUUCGCAAUGGCGAAUGUAGCGGGCCAUAGUAAAAUUCCUUUCAAAAUAUCUCCGUCUAAAUUCGACAUACGGCCUGGAGAAAGUAAAACCGUCGGUGUGGCGUAUACGGGACCCGAAGACUGCAUAACUGAGGCAAUUUUGGCGUUCGAAGAAGUCUCAAGUGGAAACAAAACAAAGAUCGAAAUUUGUGGUGGUUCUGAAAAGCUCAAGAUAUUCCCUGUAAAGUCUAACCACAACGUGUUAUCCUGGGUUCGCCCUGGCCGCAAAGAGCUUAGUAUGCGGAAUGUUCUGGAUAAGAAGAUUCAAAUCAGAUGUCAUAUUACUGGAGAUGGAUUUGCUAUAGAUUUACCUGGAGGGGAAUUGAAAGGCAUAUAUUUGGUGUCGUUUUCAGCGAAUGAGUGUAGACCGCUGCCGAUAUUGUUUAAUCCAAGUUCGAACAGUCCCCAAAAUGCAGUGCUUCAUUUGGUACAUGAUAAGAACAGCGAAUUUUCGAGAGCUAUCCGCCUAUACGGCUGCGCAGGCGGCGCGCCCGCGCGCUGGAGCGGGCUGGUGACGUACGGCGACACGGCGCUGGUGCGCGCCGCCGCGCGCCGCCGCGUGGAGCUCGCGCUCUACAACAAGGCGCCCGCGCCCGCCUUCGUCUGCGCCACCGUGCACUUCAACCUUCAAUUCAUGUUCGCGACGGAAUCCUCUCAGCUAGAGGGCGCUCGAAGCGUGGUGGGUCCUAGAAGUAAACACGUGGUGAAGCUAGCGCUGGACUGGGGGCGAGUGGAGCGGCGAGCGCGGGACUGCGCGGGCUCCGCGCUGGCCACCGUCACCGUGCUGUGCGGCGCCGAGGUCACGCGCAGGAGGAUACUCAGGGUGCUUCGUAACGAGUCCGGUGCAGUGGACGCCGACCUCCUCCCUGCACACUUACAGGCGCUGACCGAUCAGUACGAAGGCGAGGACCCGAGUAUAGACGAACAAUUGGCACAUUUUAACGAAACUAAGUCAUCGUUAAACGAGUUGCUAAGCGGUUUACACGAGCUGACGGCCCAGAUAGACCUGCCGCAGGACUUCACGGACGAGAACACCAUCGUCAUCACCGAUGAUACCGUAGUAGAACAUCACACGCUGCUUGAUUAGAUUUGUAAGUAUUUGCCAUUGUAAAAAAUACUAGCUUUUUUUCAGUGAAAUUGUCUGUAGUUUAUAUUGUAAAGUCAAUAACUUAUAAGUAUACAGAGCCAAAAAUUCUGCUAUACUUUAUCGUACGCACAUACAAGGUUACACGUUACGUACGCCUACGCAACGCCGCACUACUAUAUAUGUAUGUUGUUCAAUCUAUUUUGGACAAAUUGAUUGAAGAGAUUUGUAUGCAGAAACUAUUAGCAACACGUGUGAACGUUUCUUUCCUUUUGAAAUUAAUAAAUAAAACAAAGUUGUAAAAAAGUCUGAAUGUAAUUAUGUAUUUACAACAAUAUUUGAUAAAAUUAUAGCAUUUGCUCAUAGAUAUGAGCUAUCUCAUAAGAAUUAGCCUUUUAUGUAAAUGUAAACGUUGGUUUAAUGAAAAACUUAAUUUUUUAUAUCACAGCUCUGUAUUCUUACGAUUUUGACAGUACACACAUAAAGUAUUUUUGUAUGGAAAUCCAAAUAACUUAGUAGGGUAGUUCAAGACUGGAAUUCCAUUUCGUCUACAAAACUUUAUUAUAAUCAAUUUUAAUUUAGUAUGUUAGAGUAGAAGUAGUAUCAAUUUAGUGUUGUUAACUUUCUGCCAAUUGAAAAUCUAUUGUACCUAUUUUUUAAAGGCUUUGUAUGGAUAAUAUGGUAAUAAGUUGUUUUAUAUGUGCUCGGGCCGCCUUAAUCCACGACGUAAUGUUCUGCUGUGCAGACGAUUUAUGUGUCGGUGUGGAAACAAUUUGUUUCUUCAAACAGCCAAAGAAUAAAGUAGAAAAUCGCCUUUUAAAAACAAAAAUAGGUAUUUAAUUGAAAUUUUCUUUUUAUGGUUUUAAUUUUUACGUCAUGUCCAAAUUAAAUUUGUGGCAAUGAGUAAAAAUUUAUCUUUUGCAUGAAAAACACAAUUUAGAAAAUCCGACAGAUUAAAAAAUAUUAUUGUACUAGGAAUAAGAAUUAGUAAUAGUAGUACAGAAUAGUGCUUUAAGUUUAUUUUGAUCUAUUUUUUAACACUUCCAAGAUUACAAAAUUUAUUAAUGCCUUAUGCAUAGUAUUAACGUAUCUGAGACUGGUAUUUCAAUUGACUGAACUUUGAAAUAUGUAACAUUUACAAUCCGUCCAUAUUUUACAUAAAGAUACGAAAAAUUGAUUCGCAUGAGAAAUGUGAUGCCAAAUAGGAUAGUUAUUUAUAAAUAAAAGCAUAUUUUUGAUUCA